UUAUUGAGUGGUAGAAGCAUAACAUAAGCUAAAACAACAAGACCCAACAAAGCUCCUACUUCUAUCAAGAUGGUCUUAACCAUCUAUCUUCAUCAGAAGCCGGAAUUAGCAGGCGUGGUAACGACACAUUAGCCAUAAGCUUUAGUUUUUGAGAAGCAGCAAGUUCUCUUCUGUCCGUUCUUGUGGAACAUGUAGAGAGAACAUGAGGAGAACCAGAAGCAGAACCAUCGCCAAGUCAUGGUCGGUUUUUCUCUAAAUGUAGCAAACGGUUCCCCGAUCAACAUGUGCCCUAGACGUGUUCGAAUUUCACCUCCAACAAGAACUUAUUUAAAGGGUCCUGGACAUAUUGAUUCGAGGGUGGAGUGUCUUUACUGAAAGGCUUUGAGAGUAAACUUCACGAGAUGGGUGAUGAGGAAUUUAAGAGCAAUGUAACAGCUUUGAUAGACAUGAAGCUUGAAAACACACAAGAACUUGAAGGAGGUAUCUCGGUUUUACUGGCGAGAGAUAGUGGAACACUCGAGUUCAACCGUAAAGAGGCAGAGGUUGCUGCACUGAGUCAGCUUCAGAAGCAGGAGUUAAUAGAUUUCUUCCAGGAAUACGUCAAGAUUGGAGCAACACGGAAGAAAUCGUUGAGCAUAAGAGUGUAUGGGAAUGGGAGUAAGCAUUUGAAAGAAAGGCAAGUGACAAAGAGGAAGUCUCUUCACCAUCUGUUGAAAUCGAUGACAUUUUUGGUUUCAGAAAUUCCCAGCAACUUCACGGGUCGUUCAGAGGAUGUGGACAAUCAAAACUCUGAGGAGUGAACCUCAUUUCAUUAUACAAAGACAACUAUUGUUUUUUGUUUUAUCCUGUCUGGUUGGGAGACCUUAAUUUGGCAUCAAUUUGGUAGAAAACUGAGUUUUAAACAACAAAGACGGUAGAUUUAUACAUUGUCACUGGAGACAUUAUGAUUAUGAAAGAAAGCAGACACUUUUAGUUGAUGAACUGAGAUGGGAAUAUGAAGAGGCAAUGACUAUAGUAAGCCACCCUUCUCAGUUCAUGUAAGUGUAUAUAAGUAUUCUAUACUUGGGUCUAGACCAU